ACCGGUGUGUGGAGGGUCAGUCAUGGAUGUUAAAUUUGUGAUAUGGUCGUACGUCCUUUGCUGUUUAGCAAAUAUUGUGAAAUCCUUUCACUCCAAUUCCAUGAACAGAUUUAGACCAAUGGGGCAGAUGAAACAACCACCUCCAGGUGUGUUCCAUGUUGGCCCAUUACCACAACACCGACAAAAUCAAGGCAGAGUUCACGUUUUCACAAAUCCUCCAAUACCAACUACCCAUGCACCACCGUUGACAACAACUCCGGUUCCAGUUCCCAUAGCAACAACAACACCAAUACCAACAACAACAAAACCGUAUGACUGGGGAAUGUAUUUUGCAACUACAUAUCCUUCUACAAAAAAAGGAAUGUGUCCCGAUUUUGAUGCGGUACAUGCCAAUUGCUAUGGACGUUGUCAUAGAGACGAUGAUUGCUUUUAUGAACGUAAAUGUUGUCGAGACGGAUAUGGAUUUGGAUGUUGUAUAGACCCCGUUCAACCUGGAAUGUUCAACAACUUUUUUGGAGGCGGUCCUACAACUAAUGGUUUCUUUUGGAAGAAGAAAUAAAUAUAUUGAAUAGUGAGUGUAUGUGUGUGUGUCUCCUUUCUACAAAUACUCAAAGCAGUUUGCCAUGGACAAAAUGUCACAAAUUGUUUAACAUAUGUUUCCGAAAGGAAAAACGAACAACGAUUGGACAUCUGGUGAAGCCUUAUUAAGAAUACGUUUAGUUAUGCAUGUUGCUAGAAUUCUAACGUGGGCUCCAGUUCCUAAAGCAAGAAUACAGUUUGUAAAGUUCCACAGAAACCUUUUAUUAAGAUGUUUAGUCGUUUAAUUGUUUUUUAAUGAUAACCUUACACGAAUUGUCAGUUCUUUUGUUUCGCAGUUAAUAAUAGACCUCUUCAAUAUGAUGUUUCAAGCAAAUAAAAAAUAGAGUAACUUUUUCCAUAUUUAGAGCAAUAAUGUUGUUCAAAUGUUCCCAUUAAAAGAAAAAAGGACGGAAAUAUAAUGAUGUAUUUUUUCAUAGUUUUAUUUGCAACUGUGUUCCAUUUAAUGUAUUCAUAACAUGUUAUAUGCAUUCAAUAAUCCAACAAAAUAUCCACAUUGUUAUAUAAAUCUUAGCUAAAAAGCUCGAACAGUUCAUAAUAUGAGUUAAACAUCUAGCAUACAAAAUAGGAAUGUACUGAUUUUGUGUCAUGGAUGGAUACCCCAUAUCCUUUCUUUUUCUAUUAUAUGGAUUGAUUCUCAAGUAUUACUUCAUAUACACAUUGCUUACAUUAUAUAGAUCUCUUUACGUUGUAGUCAAUCAUCCUAUAUGAAAUUUGGUUGUUUUUUUUUCAUCAGUAAUUAAAAAUCAUAAAAGUA